AUGUUGCUGCUAACUCCUGUUCUCAUUCUUGCUUCAGUUCUCCUAUCUUGUUGGGCCCAGUCGACUCCGGUCGUUGACCUCGGAUACGCCAAGUAUCGAGGAACAUUGGAUCCCGCUGGAUCCAACAAUACUCAAUUUCUCGGGAUACGAUACGCUGCACCCCCCACUGGCUCCUCGAGGUGGCAAGCGCCCCGAACUCCGGACUUCGUGGCAGGCAUACAGAAUGCUACUGCCGAACCCUCCGGAUGUCUCCAGGCAGGGUCGGGUGCAGCUUCGAGCAAUCCUUUUCCUGCUAACAAAAGAGACACCCUUGUUGCUCCAAAUUCUGAAGACUGUCUGUUCUUGAACGUAUAUGUUCCCGGGCAGCUCGGUUCUCGCAAGAACCUACCUGUCGUGGUAUGGAUACAUGGCGGAGGUUACGUUGCCGGCAGCGCCAGUGGGUCUACUGGGAACGACCUAAUCCGUGAAGCUGGCGGCGGAGUCGUCGCCGUGCUUAUCCAGUAUCGCCUAGGCUUGUUUGGAUUCCUGGCGGGAGAGUCAGUAAAAGCAAAUGGCGUGUUGAAUGCUGGCCUUCUGGAUCAACAGUUUGCGCUUCAAUGGGUCCAGACACAUAUCGCCAAGUUUGGUGGUGAUCCAAGCCGAGUUACGAUCUGGGGCGAAUCAGCUGGUGCUGGCUCUGUUCUUCAGCAAGUUAUUGCCAAUGAUGGGCACACUUCCCCGCCUUUGUUCAGAGCUGCAAUAACAAGCUCCACUUUCCUCCCUUCGCAGUAUGCGUUUAAUGAUGUCGUUCCAGAGUUUCUGUACAACACCGUGGUAUCAAGGACGAACUGUACCUCGGCGGCUAAUUCACUGACGUGCCUGCAAAAUUCUGACGCAAGUCUUCUUGAACAGAUCAAUGUUGACCUUUGUAGCAGCGGGUUUUUCGGCACCUUCGUAUUUGUGCCAGUCGUUGAUGGUGAAUUCAUAACACAAAGACCGACAAUAGCUAUGCGCCAAGGAAAAGUUAACGGCGAGGUUCUCAUGUCUGUAACAAAUACAGACGAGGGUGGACCAUUCGUCGAUUCGAGUACGGCAGGCACCGUUCAAGUACCAGAUUAUUUGACGCAGCUUUUCCCGAGCCUGAGCGUUCAGAAUCGUGACAUAGCCGUUGCAAAGUAUUCUGGUCUUGGAGCUCCAAUCGAGCAAGUCGCCGCUAUAAUGGGAGAGUCCAUAUUCGGUCAAUUCGCAAUUCCACCUGCCACCCACGGAAGCGACGUUCCUUAUUAUUUCCCCUCUAUAAAUGCGAACGGCGUUCCCCCCUUUAACAAUACCGACUUCGACAAGGCGUUUUCCGAGUCUUUCCUUGCCUUCGUCAUGUCUCUGGAUCCAAAUGAGACGUUCGAGCCUACGAUUACACCUUCCUGGAAGCCAUUUUCGUUCCAGCAAGGUCAUCAGGUAGAAAUGCGUUUCAACAGAACGGAAACCGGCCAACCUGCAGUAUUGCCCUUUACCACGCCGGAAGAUCUGCUUGAUCGAUGCUCGUUUUGGGAAAGCGUUGGAUCUGAAAUAGGACAAUGA